AUGCAGGUCACGUGGAAGACUCUUGUCUUUGUCCAGUGUAUUGCCAGUGCACUGGCGGCUCCCGCAGAAGAGGUAUCUGAAAUGAGUAGCACGUUGAAUUUCCCUCGAGUCAAAGUCUGCGAGCAUGGCAACUUCACGGGCAGAUGCGAGGUUUUCAAUGCUCACGCCGAGCCAGAGAAGUGCAGCCCCUUCCCUCUAGGCUGGAACGAUGUCGCCAGCUCGGUUAAGAUCUGGGUUCCCCUCACCCACGAGGUCGCUUGCACAUUCCAUACAACCAUGGAUUGCAACUCCGAGUUCGCCGACAUCCCACCCUGGGAGAUGCCUGGACACGAGUCCAAGAGUAUCCCUGCCCCAUACCACGACGCUUUGAACUCUGUAUCGUGCCGCGUCCAGAGAAGAAUGAGCGGCUAG